AUGACUUCUUCACAAUCUAAGGGACAUACAAGAGUGCAAUGGGCGAUUACAAUAUUGUGCAACUUGACGGUAUUCACAUAUGGUCUCCAGUGCGGUUGGAUGUCACCUGCCACAGUGCUGCUGCAGUCACCAGACUCCCCCACUGGCAGGCCACUGUCCGCCAGUGAAGUGUCAUGGGUCGCCAGCUCAGCGUCCCUGGCAGGAGUGCUCGGUGCCUUCGUAUUUAUCAAAACUGUUGAUCGAUUUGGCAGGAAAAUGGGGAUCUUGGUUAUGAGUGUUCUACAAACGUUGGUCUGGGUAAUGAAGUUAGUGCCUGCCAGUACCACGACCCUGAUCACCGCCCGAGUGUUUAGCGGUAUGGCAGGAGCUGGCUGCUUCCACGUAGUACCCAUGUAUGUAAAAGAGAUUGCCCAGGACAGCAUCAGAGGCUCACUGUCAUCUGUCGCUGCCCUAGCUCAAAGUAUAGGAAUUCUGAUCAUGUUUCUAAUGGGAGGGUUUCUAGACUAUUACACGGUGUUAUGGAUUGUGGUCGGUCUCCCGAUAAUAACGCUCGCAAUGUGCCUUAAGGCUCCGGAAUCACCUUCCUACUUAAUAAAAGUGGGAAACACUGAGGAAGCUACGCGAGUUCUUGCAUUCUUAAGAGGUCUCGAUGUUGAAGAUAAAGAAAUACAGAAUGAGGUCGAAACUCUCAAGCGGGAAGAUGAAUAUUAUAAGUCCAUACCUAAUAUUUCAAUGGCUACAGUUUUUAAAACUAAACCCUGGCGGAAGGCAUUUAUCAUCAUGAUCUUGGUGAUCCUGGUCCAUGCUUCUAAUGGAAGUUUCUCUGUGCUCAACUACACUGCGACCCUACUGCAGGACUCGGGCAUGAAUAUCAGUCCGGAACUACAGUCACUCAGCAUUCCUAUAUUUAUGACACUAGGAUCCAUCAUCACAAUAACUACUAUAGACAAGCUGGGCAGAAAGUUGAUCUUGGGAUCAUCUUUUGCCGCCACAGCAGUCGCUUUCGCAUGCAUGGCCAUCUCCUCAGUGCUGAAGAUAUACGGAUGGAUGGCUCCUGCCUGGAUCAAUGUGACCAUGAUGAUGGUGCUGAUAUGCUGCUACGGUGGUGGCGUCUGUCCCCUGCCCUUUAUUAUCAUGGCUGAGAUAUUUAAUUUCCAAAUCCGUGCCAAGCUGAUGGGUUACCUUGUGAUGCUGGCGUGGUUCACCAGUUUCAUUCAGCUGGUUGUGUUCAGUGAGCUGACGAGCAGGUUCGGAGCACACGUCAGCUUCUACAUGUUUGUUGUCAUAAACGUGCUGGCGACUGCUCUGGUACUCCUCUUCUUACCGGAGACCAAGGGAAAAAGCAUCGAAGAACUGGAGAAGGAACUAACAGAAGGGCGUAGAAAAAAGUGCGUCACCAUGUCGUAG